AUGGCUGACUGGCCUGUGACGCUUCACAGCUUUGGAGACAUUCAUUACUUUUACGGCCCGCCGACGAAUAACCCCCCUCACCACCGCUUCGAUAAGGGCUCCUACGUUUAUCUGUUCGAAAACGCGAAUGACCGCCGCGCGCGCAUUGAGAUCGCGAACCACCCAGGCACGGAUGAUCAAGAUGCCUUUGACGGUUUCCUCGAUAAGACGCACGUGCAGUACACCUAUAAUCACCAAUGCAUGGUAACCCUCACUGUCGGCGAAACGACGGACCAGACGGAGUGGCAUCUCCCGACCUACGACCCCCAAAAUCAGAACAAGUACCACUACAAGCUUCACUCUCUCGACAUCUACUUCUGGAAGCAGGAGGACGCGCUCCAGUUCGUCAAUGGCAUCCGCAGAGUCCUCCCGCCGGCGCAGGUCGAGGUUCUUGACGAGCCGGCGCAGCCAUCACACCACCACAGCCAUCACCAAGCCGACCCCGUGAGCGCAGUCGUGCAACAGCUCGAGCACGCCGCGAUCUCGGAUCCUCACUACGGCAGCCCCCAGCAACCUCAACAACAAGCGCCCGUCAGUUUCGCGGGGCCUCCAACGUCCGCUGUCCCGGCGCAGCAAGAACCUCCAGCAAGCUUUGUGCCGAUGGCAUAUAACCCCGCCGCGCCCGCCGCGCCCGAGGCAAUCAGACACCGAGAAAAGACUCCUCCCCCAGAAGACGGCGGGGUGGACCCCCUAGCGGCCGCAGUAGCAUACGACGCCCAGGCUCCCUUCUCUCCCGGCUUCGUCCCGCCCCCGGGUUUCCAGUCCGCCCAGGUCGGCGCCACCGGUCUCCCUCCACCGCCCCCGCCUCCGCAGUUUGGCGCUCCACCGCAACCCGGGCUCCAGCGCGCCGUGACCAUGCCCGUACAAGCCGUCCACGGCGGCCUGGCCUCGCCGGGAUUGGCAAGCCCCUACGGCAGCAACUUUCCCGGCACCCCGGGUCUGCAGCCUCCUCCACCUCCACCCCCGCCGCAGACAGCGCCGGCCCAGCCUCAACAAGCGCCCCAACAGCAACAGGCCCAGCAGCCAACGCCGCCUCCUCAGACGCCAGGCGCGACGGGCACGCCCCCGGUCACGAGCCCCGGAGCUACGCCGAUCGGGGGAUUCUCGCAGUACUCGUACACGACGCAGCCGCAGUCGCCGGCGGCGGUGGACUACUCGGUGCACCAGCAGCUCUACCGGCCGACGGAGCAGGAGGCGGCCCGGUACAAGGGGUACAUGGUCAAGCAGGAGCCGGCGGGCAAGUUGGAGGCGAACGCGGGGCGGCUCGAGAGGGGCGUCACGGGCAUGCUGAGGAAGUUUGAGAAGAAGUUUGGAUGA